GGAAGCAUUCCCUUUGCUGUGGUGGGAACGGACAAGGAGCACCAGGUGAAUGGAAACAAGGUGCUUGGCCGUAAAACAAAGUGGGGAAUCAUUGAAGUUGAAAAUGUGGCGCACUGUGAGUUUGCCAACCUGAGAGAUCUACUCAUCAGGUCUCACCUUCAGGACCUGAAAGACGUGACACACAACAUCCAUUACGAGACCUACCGCAUACGCCGGCUCAACGAGAGCAACAUGGACUUCAGUGAACUGGGCCUGUCCACCUGGCUGCUGGAGAACGGAACUGCCGAUAAAUGGGAAUCAGAGAGCCACCUCUGAUCUCUCCAUCAGCCUACUCCUCCUUCCUGCACCUGCCAGAGGAACACCAAUGUUCCUCGUCCAGUCAGAAUGAGAGAUGGGGGGGGGCUAUUUCACUCACAUCACACACACAUUUGAAAAUGAGAUGGAGAAUUAUUUUUUUUAUUAUUGUUUUUCAAUUUUUUUCAUUAUGGGACCAUCUAGUGGAUUGUUUUUAAAUGAAAAAUUCUAUUCUGGGUUUUUACAUUAAGACAUAAGAAAUGUAUCAAAUAUGGAUAUAUUUUUGACUGUGAGCUCAUAUAUAUUUUUUGGAAGGAUGGUGACAGUGUACAGGGCAGGCUGGCAGCAGGUAGCACCAUGUGGCACAAAGUCUCCCAAUGGUAUCUAAACAAUGUUGCUAUAUAAAUGGUACACGUAUGUGGACAGUCCAGACCUGACUGUAUCACCUAACAACAGUGUUAUAGAAGCAGAUCAUAUGUGGGAAAAGGCUGUCCGUAAACAUUUAGCAAUCAUUCUUGCUUAGGGUAAAUGUGUUUAGAUGUGAACCUAAAGACAUUGCUUUGAAUUAAUUUAAGAACACAGAGCAGCAACCAAAAUAGUCACAGCAUGUAAAUCAGGUAAAUUAACCCCAAAAACUCUUGCUGCGCCAAGCUGCCCUGUUCAUUUUGACCAUAUCGGUUUUUAACAGUACUGUUGUCAGGUCCGACAACACGUUAUGGAGAGGUGGACGAUGUGUAGGUUUGGUUGCUUUAUAAAAAGAUGGCUGCCUUUUAUACUUCUGAGCUGAGCUAUAACUGACUGUAGGGAAUAUAAACUUAAUGAUUAGACGGUAGGAUUCUGGAGGACAUGCUGUAUUGUAUCCUUCGUUUACCCCUUCAAGUGUCCACAUUUGCCUGCCCUUUUCCUUCACAUUUCCAUGUCCAGAUUCCAUGUAUAAAAUUGAAGAUGCUGUUUGUGUCCACAUUUAAGUGCCAAAUCUACAGAAAAAUGCUUUAUUUGUUCAUUCUCUGACACUUUUAAAGAGUAACUACACCCAAACAGUUGACACACAUAGAACAACCGUAGUCAUUAUGUCAAUAGUUGAGCACAAAAUGGACUAGUGAACAUCUCAAAAUCUUGCUCAGUAUUCAACCAGUGGAUAAAAUGAGCAGAACGUGUAGACUCACUCCAUGGAUUGCUGAAGGUGUGGACACCGACUUUGCAAGAUCUUUUUCAAAUUUCAUCAGCCAAAUCAGGUUCUGAAUAGGAUAGUUGAUGAUGAUGUGAUUUGUGGUGUUUUCCAUUUAUUAUUUUUCAGAUUUAGUGACUUUUAUCCAGCUCUGCAGUCCCUUGAACAGGCAUGUGACUUCCCCAGAUGCGACCUCUCUUUCUCUUUUUUGCAUUCAUUGCUCAUUUAAAACAAAGGGACACCAUAAAAACGGCGUAGUUAAAGCUGCAGUAGAUAACUUUUAUAAAAAUAACUUUUUGUCAUAUUUGCUAAAGCUUUGACUAUUACCUGGCAGUAGUACAGCAUAGAGACAGAUAAUCUAUGAAAAAAUCAGGUUCCUCUGGCUCCUCCUAGUGCUCAUAAAGGCAUUUACAAGAAUCCACUGGGCCUGAAUGAAAACAACCAAUCAGAGCCUAGAAAGAUAGGUCUCAUUCCCCGGGGCGUCAAAUACAGACACAUUGGGACCCUAGGAAUGUGACUCAACAAUCAACUAUAUUCAAGCCUCCAACCCAAAGCGUCUUUCUAUUCUUCUCUGAUUGGUUGUUUUCGUUCAGGCCAUACCAU